AUGGACGACGAGUACGACCACGACGCCGCCAUGGACGACAUGGAGGACGUGAACGAGGAGCAGGAAGAGAUGGAGAACUUCGACGAGAUGGAAGACGGCGCCGAGCAUGAGAACGGCGUCGCGCUCCUCGACGAGUCGGAGAAGCAGCCCAACGCCCACCGCAUCACGACGCGCUACAUGACCCAAAUCAGCAUGAACGCGCCCGUCAUGGUCGACAUUGAAGGCGAGACGGACCCGCUCAAGAUUGCCAUGAAGGAGCUCAGCCAGCGCAAGAUCCCGAUCAUCAUCCGCCGGUACCUCCCGGAUGGCUCGUACGAGGACUGGUCCAUUGACGAACUCAUUAUUGAAUAA